UUUGUUUUUUCUUGCCCAGACAUGUGACAAGUGGAGAUGGAGAAAUUGCUUUCAAAAUGAUAAAGACCAACAUUUCAUUAGUUGUUGCACAGCUCGAUGACAUUCGCAAACAUCCGAAAAAGUUCAUCUGCCUAAAUGAUAAUAUCGACCAUUCAAUGGCAGAAGCCAAAAUGGUCAAAGCUAUUUUAAAUGAUUUUUUUGAAUCAAUGUUUCCAAUGCAAUCACAUUUUGAACUCCCAAAAGAAUACCGGAAUCGUUUUCUUCAUUUACAUGAACUUCUUGAAUGGCAGAAAUAUCGAAACUGGCUCCGGUUUUGGACAUAUUUAACUUUGAUCAUUUUGGUGAUGUUAGCACUCCUAUCCUUCUGUUCUGACCGAAUUGAAUCAUGGCAUAGGAGAUUCCUACAUCGACGUUCAACAUCUCGAAAUGUCAGCAGACAGUCAUCAACCAAGAAGAAAAGCAGCAAAACUUCCACAGCAAGACAAGAACCACAGAACUGAAAAUUUGGUUUUAACCCAUGAAGCAUGACUACAAUUAAAUGAAGACUGAAGUGAAUUUUUGCCAGGAACAUGGUACAUAUGAAUCCCAAAACCCUAGUUUACAGUGAUGCAACAGUGUUACUAAUACAUAUAGUGAUUUACUUACUGGUAUUGGCAGAAAUAACUUACAUCAUUUGUAACCAACAUUACAGUUACAUGGUUUAAACCAGAUAACAACCAUAUGGAGUAAUCUGAGCAGAGAGGUGCAAAGAAAAGUAUCAUACAUUAUGAUUAGAAUGUAAGACUAUCAUCUCAUUGUAAAAAGUGCAAAAAAUUAAUGGUAUAUAGGAACAAAAGCUCUGUGACAUGCUCAGCGUUACGAAAUAACUUACGUUAUGAAAAUGAUAUGGCAGUCUUUUGUUUUUUUUCCAAUUAUUUCUCUGAGCUCGUUCAGCUGGAAGAGAUAAUAGAAUGCUGCACUUCAGUUUUUCAGUAUUCAGUUUCAUUCGUCCUAUAUUCUACGUCUAAAUUUUGCUGGAGCUGAUAUUACAUUUUUUUUUCUCGAAAGUUAUUAUUAGUACACCAAAGUUAGUCCAAAUAGAAUUUGAUUUAAUAAAAAUUGCCAGGCACCUACUUAAAAGUAAUUAUUAGUUUUUAAGCAAUUAUUUAGUUUUAGUCUAAAUUAAAAACAAGUAAUUCAUAAAUAAUUCUGACAGCUUAGUGCCAUGAGUUAUGCCCCUUGGACAAAGACUAACUUUGUUCAGCGUUUGCCAGGUUCACGAGAUUGGAUACUUACUUCUCGUUUCGGUGAUUAUCAAGAAAGGGAGCAAUCGCUUCAAUAAUAUGCAAAUGUUUAAAUUUUUAAAGACGAAAAAAAAAUAAAGACCUAAAAACACCUUUUUGUGCUUGUAUGGAGAAGCGAGUUUUACAAAACUAUAAAUAUGACAAAUAUACGAUAAAACAAAUUUUUAAAGUAUUUGUAAAUACAUUUACACUUUUUUGCUUGCGUAUCAUGGAUUCAAUACUCGUUAUUUAAAUUUCUUUAUAAAUUGACAAAUUGAUGAAUUGAUAAUAAUUUAAACUCUAUCAAUGUAAAAACCUUGAACAAAAUAUUCUUCCUUCAGAUUACGUAUGUGACCAAUUUUUACAGAUAUUUAAAGAUUAAAUAUUUUCUUAUUACCAUUAUUUUCUAUAAAAAGAAAUAA